AUCAAAAAUUUGCUAUUAUUUAUUUAUUAUCCAAACAAAAAGCUUAAUUAUGGGCAUCACCCAUUCCCAAACCCCACAGUGUUAGGAAUUUUUACGAAGAUGACAUAAAAUAUCACUCUCAUGUUUCAUCUACAACCUUAAAACACCAUAACCAUCGCCACCCAAAAUUUUAACACAUCAAAUAAUCAUUCAUGGAGGAAUACAGAGCACGCGCCGCCGCGGCUGCCGCUGCCGCUCCCAAGCCAUUGCCACUUAACUCCCAUACCCAACACAUCUCUCCCCGUGCCACCACCUUCAACCGCCUCUUCGCUGCCCUUUACUCCCUCGCCAUCUUAGCUCUGUUUUAUCACCAUUUAUCUUCACUUUUCAAUCCCAUCUCUUUUACUUCCUUCUUCAUUUCCCUUUCUCUGUUUAUCUCCGACCUCGUUUUGGCAUUCUCAUGGGUCGCUUGUCAAUCCAACCGGAUGAAUCCUCUCCGCCGUCGCGAGUUUCUCGGAAACUUGAAACUGUUGCUCAAGAAGGAUUCUGAUUUUCCGGCGUUGGAUGUGUUCAUUUGCACGGCGGAUCCGUAUAAGGAGCCACCGAUGAACGUCGUCAACACGGCUUUGUCCGUCAUGGCUUAUGAUUACCCGACAUCGAAGAUUUCGGUUUACGUUUCCGAUGACGGCGGCUCUGCUUUGACGCUCUUUGCUUUCAUGGAAGCGGCUAAAUUCGCCGCCGUGUGGUUGCCGUUUUGUAGGAAAAACGAGGUGGUUGAGAGAAACCCCGAUGCAUUCUUUGCUUCUAAUAAGGAUUAUUAUUGCAAUCCUGAGAUGGAGAAGAUUAAGAUAAUGUAUGAGAAAAUGAAAAUGGGAGUGGAAAAUGUGAUGGAGAAAGGGGAGGUUGGAAAUGAAGAACAUUUGGCUUUUCACAAAUGGACAAAAUCUUUCACCUCUCACAAUCAUCCUGCCAUAAUUCAGGUAUUAUUGGAGAGCGGUAAAAACAAAGACAUUGUUGGAGAGUCAUUGCCAAAUCUCAUCUAUGUUUCAAGACAAAAAAGUGUAACUUCUCAUCAUCAUUUUAAGGCUGGUGCUCUUAAUAAUCUGCUUCGAGUAUCAGCUACAAUGACCAAUGCACCACUUAUUCUCACUUCGGAUUGUGAUGUGUAUUCAAAUGAUCCACAAACACCAAAUCGAGUCUUAUGUUACUUCUUAGACUCAAAACUUGCUAGGAAUUUAAGUUAUAUUCAAUUCCCUCAACUUUUUCACGGAGUUAACAAAAACGACAUCUAUGCUAGUGACUUUAAGCGGUUGUAUAUAUUUAAUCCAAUGGGUAUGGAUGGAUUAUUAGGCCCAGCUUAUCUUGGCACAGGGUGUUUUUUUGCUCGACGAGCUUUAUUUGGAGGUCCAUCAUCAUUUGAGCCACCCGAACUCCCUCAACUCGACCCUAAUCAUGUUGUGAAAACUGCCAUUUGUUCUCAACAAGUCUUAGACUUGGCCCAUGUGGUUGCAGGUUGUGACUAUGAAAACAACACCAAAUGGGGUUCCAAGAUAGGUUUUAGAUAUGGGUCUUUAGUGGAGGACUAUUUCACAGGGUAUCAUCUGCAAUCGGAGGGGUGGAGAAGCUUAUUCUGUAAUCCAAAGAGGGCGGCUUUCUACGGCGAUGCGCCCAUUACCCUCCUUGACGGAAUGAAUCAAGUGAAGAGAUGGGUUAUUGGUCUUUUGGACGUUGCAGUCUCGAAAUACAACACAAUCACAUUCGGCGUAAGGACUUUGGGCCUUCUAAUGGGCCUUUCUUAUAGCUACAAUAUAUUUUGGGCCCUUCUACCCUUUUCGGUCAUCGUUUAUGCCUUCCUUCCCCAAUUGGCCCUCAUCAAUGGCAUCUCCAUCUUUCCAAAGGUUUUGGAUCCAUGGUUUGUAUUGUAUGCAUUUCUAUUCUUGGGAGCUUAUGGACAAGACCUUUUUGAAUUCAUAUUAGAGGGAUACGCAUUUCAUAAAUGGUGGAAUGAUCAAAGAAUAUGGAGCAUAAGGGCUCUAUCUGGCUUCUUCUUUGGAUUCAUUGAGUUCGUUUUAAGAUCUUUUAAAAUUUCUGCCUUAAGUUUUAAUGUUACAAGUAAAGUUAUUGAUCAAGAACAGAGCAAGAGGUACUAUCAGGGAUUGUUCGAUUUCGGAACCCCAUCCCCCAUGUUCGUGCCGAUGACCACGGCGUCCAUUGUCAAUUUUACCGCAGGAGUCAUUGGCAUUUGGAGAUUGUUGGGCGGCGCAUGGGAACAACUCUUCCUUCAAGUAUUUUUAACUGGAUUUGUGGUGAUCAAUUGUUGGCCUCUAUAUGAGGCCAUGGUGUUUAGGAACGAUGGAGGGAAACUGCCACCCAAAAUUACUUUCAUUUCCCUUUUCCUCGCUUUGCUUCUUUACUCUUUGUUCUUUGCUUUUCUGCAUGUGUUCUGAAAUCUUAAAUGUAAUACAAUGAUAGUAGUUCUAAUGUUAAGCGAUGUCUCAUCAGGUGGUUAGAGAUUCGAAAUGUAAAAAUAAAGAAAGUUAGGACCUUGUGUUCAUCUUAAGAUUAAUUAAGGAAUCUUGAGUUAGAAGCUUGAA